AUGUUUAAUGAAGAUUAUUAUAGAAGAUUAAUAGUUUAAUCAUAAAAUUAAUAAAUAAGAAUAAUAAAUACAGAUAGACCAUGGUAUCCUAAAAUGAAAUAAAAAGAUGGAAUUAGACCAUUAUUUAGUGAAGAUUUUAAAUUUUUUGUAUUACCACCUAAUAAGAUGAUUUCAUUAUUAAAAAGACAUAAAAUAACAAUACCAACAGAUGAAUAAAUAAGAGAAUUUCUUAAAAAUCAUUCAUUAAAGAAUAUUGUAGAUUAUGGAGUUAAAUUAAAGAGUACUACAGAAAUUAAAGUACAUCCUCCUUAAGUAAUUAUUUAAAAUUAAAGAAAAAGAGCAAAAACUAAAUAAUAAUAAUUAAUAAUUAAUAAAAAGACUAUUAAUAUAUAACCUAUUAAUAAUAAUAUAAUAGAACCAACUAAAUAAUCUACAUCAUCUUAAUAUAAACCUUCAUAUCAUAAAAAUUUAAAAAUAUAUAAAACUGAUUAUUCUAAUUAAGAUCUAUAUACAAUCAUAAAUAAAUUAAAUUUCUCACCUAUGUAAAUUAAUCAAUCACCUAAAUAAACAAAAUAAAAUAUACAUAUUAAUACUUUACCAUCUUAAACAUAUGUAAAACCGAUUGUACCAAAAAGUGUAUUACCUUAUCCUCCUAGAUCAAAGAAACAGCUUCGAUAAUUACUGUUGAGAGCCAUUAAUAAGAUAAAGAAAUUAGGUUUAACUAUUAAGUAUGUAAUGUAAAAUAAGAUAUUUUCAAAAAAACCAUAUGAAAAACCACUUUCAAAACAAUUUAUUCAUGCAGCUAAAAAGAAUUAAAUAGAUGAAAUCAAUAAUCUUCUAUCAAUCAAUCCUUAUCUUGUUUUUGAUUUUGAUUUUUAUAAUAUGACUGCACUUCAUUGGGCAUGUAAAAAAGGUUAUGUAGAAUUAGUAGAAUUGCUUUUGUAAUAUCAUUCUGAUGUUGAUGGAAUUGAUAUUUUAUAUAGAACACCAUUAAUUUUAUCAAUAGAGGAAAACCAUUUGGAAAUCACACAUAUUUUAUUGGCUAAUGGUGCAUACCCUUGGAGUACUGCUAUUACAGAUUUAAAAACUGUUUUAGAUUCUAAUGAAAAAGCUAAAAAUCUAUUAACUAAAGUUAGAAGGGUAAAAUCUAUUCUAAUUAUCUUUUUUAGUUGCAAAUUAUGGCGAAAUGGACUUAAUAGAAGGAAUACCUCAGUUUAAUAUGAAUCUUAAUUACUUAUAUUUAUUAAAAAACAAUAUCUAAUAAUAGUCACAGUUUCUUUCUGCGAUAUGGAACUGGAGAAUAACUUCUAGAUAUAGCAAACCAUUUUUUUCGAUUCUCAACUAUUUNAUAAGAUGAUUUCAUUAUUAAAAAGACAUAAAAUAACAAUACCAACAGAUGAAUAAAUAAGAGAAUUUCUUAAAAAUCAUUCAUUAAAGAAUAUUGUAGAUUAUGGAGUUAAAUUAAAGAGUACUACAGAAAUUAAAGUACAUCCUCCUUAAGUAAUUAUUUAAAAUUAAAGAAAAAGAGCAAAAACUAAAUAAUAAUAAUUAAUAAUUAAUAAAAAGACUAUUAAUAUAUAACCUAUUAAUAAUAAUAUAAUAGAACCAACUAAAUAAUCUACAUCAUCUUAAUAUAAACCUUCAUAUCAUAAAAAUUUAAAAAUAUAUAAAACUGAUUAUUCUAAUUAAGAUCUAUAUACAAUCAUAAAUAAAUUAAAUUUCUCACCUAUGUAAAUUAAUCAAUCACCUAAAUAAACAAAAUAAAAUAUACAUAUUAAUACUUUACCAUCUUAAACAUAUGUAAAACCGAUUGUACCAAAAAGUGUAUUACCUUAUCCUCCUAGAUCAAAGAAACAGCUUCGAUAAUUACUGUUGAGAGCCAUUAAUAAGAUAAAGAAAUUAGGUUUAACUAUUAAGUAUGUAAUGUAAAAUAAGAUAUUUUCAAAAAAACCAUAUGAAAAACCACUUUCAAAACAAUUUAUUCAUGCAGCUAAAAAGAAUUAAAUAGAUGAAAUCAAUAAUCUUCUAUCAAUCAAUCCUUAUCUUGUUUUUGAUUUUGAUUUUUAUAAUAUGACUGCACUUCAUUGGGCAUGUAAAAAAGGUUAUGUAGAAUUAGUAGAAUUGCUUUUGUAAUAUCAUUCUGAUGUUGAUGGAAUUGAUAUUUUAUAUAGAACACCAUUAAUUUUAUCAAUAGAGGAAAACCAUUUGGAAAUCACACAUAUUUUAUUGGCUAAUGGUGCAUACCCUUGGAGUACUGCUAUUACAGAUUUAAAAACUGUUUUAGAUUCUAAUGAAAAAGCUAAAAAUCUAUUAACUAAAGUUAGAAGGGUAAAAUCUAUUCUAAUUAUCUUUUUUAGUUGCAAAUUAUGGCGAAAUGGACUUAAUAGAAGGAAUACCUCAGUUUAAUAUGA